AUGUAUUAUUCAAUCAACAACUUGAUCGAGGAGGCUAAUAGAGCACGGCAAAAAGUAGCCCAUUUGAUGGGAGAAACUAAACUUGAGAGAAAGUUUUAUGUUCUGAACUCGAAAGUGGCUUCAUUAUAUUGCCUCCCGAAGAUCCACAAAAAUCCGGUGGCAAUGAGGCCUAUCUGCUCCAACAUUUGCACACCGACAGAGAAAAUGGCAGCAUGGCUAGUUGACGAAAUGAAACGGUACCCGGUGAUUCACGGGAAAAGUGUGAAUAAUUCCGUUGAUUCGGUGGAAAAAUUGAAGGGCUUGGUGUUGCGACGAGGUGAAAUAUUAGUGUCGUUUGAUGUUACUUCACUUUUUCCAAACGUCCCUGUCACUGACGCCCUCUGCAGUUUGCGAAGACACCUGGAACGCUACCGAGUACCACCAAACCACGUCGAGGCCUACCUUGCCGUGGCAGAGGUUUGCAUGAAUCAGAACUUCUUUACGUUUAGAGGUAAGUUCUAUAAGCAAACCUUUGGACUCAGCAUGGGUGAUAAACUGUCACCCCUUUUGGCUAAUGUGUUCAUGAGCGAUUUUGAAGUGGAUUUAGAAAAAGAGAGACUUUUCCCUCGUGUUUGGUGGAGGUAUGUUGACGAUAUUUUUGCCACUGUGAAAGAACGACAGCUAGCACAAACACUUGAGUUGUUGAACUCCAAACAUACUUCAAUAAAGUUCACGGUGGAGAAAGAGUCGGAAGGAAAACUCCCUUUCCUGGACUUAACUAUUACCAGAAAAGAGGACAAUUCCGUAAAGUUCAGCGUUUACCGAAAACCGACGUCAACCAACCGGUACAUCACAUGCGAUUCUAACCACUACGGCUCCCAAAAACAAGCCGAGUUUCAUUCGAUGGCACAUCGGUUAUACAGCAUACCGAUGGAGAAAGAGGAUUUCAAAGCAGAAAGGAAGAAAAUCCAUGAAGCGGCCUAUUUAAAUGGUUACGAUGAAGAGUUCGUGAACAAAAUUCUCCGGAAACAUGAAAGGAAAAGACAUCGACGAAACGCUACAACAUUCUUUCCAAAACUGACCAACACAAUUCAAAACGAUCUGAAGCAACAUGGAUUUUGGACAGCGUAUAAGAGUAAUCAUACGCUGAAGGACCUCUUAUGUUCUUUGAAAGAUAAAAUUCCGAGGGAUGAAAUGUCAGGCAUCUACGAGAUCCCAUGUAAAAGUUGCCCUGCAAUAUACAUUGGCCAAACCCGCAGGAAAUUUAAAGUCCGAUUAAAGGAACAUAAAAACGCUGUUGACAACGAUAGACCCAACGAAUCCAGCGUGGCCGUCCAUUCUAAGGAGAACAACCAUGUGAUAGACUGGGAUAACGAAAAACUGAAAAAAUGUGUCAGCAAACCUUCACAUUUGAACGCUUGGGAAUCUAUGUUCAUCGAGACUGCUGAAAAGCCACUGAUGAACGAAGAUGAUGCCCCAAUAACUUCUGCCUUAUUCCAAUCGACGAAACAGAAGAUAAUUUAA